AUGCCUAAAGGAAGUUUAAUAAAUACUUUGAAAGAUAUCCUUAGAUGGGUUGAAAGACGAAGUAAGGAGUCAAAUACUCAAGAUAUAUAUAUGAAUCAAUAUGUUGAACAAGGAACACAGAAAUAUCUUAAUAAAUGUAAAUAUAAUGGAAUAUCAGUUGAAGUAAUAGGGGAAUCUAUUGUUUCUAAUGAUAUAGGGGAAAUAUCAAGAUCUACACCAAUUAAAUUAGAUAUUGACUUAAUAAAUCCUAAAAACAUAUUAUCUACUAUCCAGGAUAAAAUUAUUACUGUUGAAUGGAAUGGUUUUAUAGAAGAAGAAAAUAUAUUAGUAGAAAAAGAAGAUAAUAAUGAAAUACAAGAACAAGAACUUGUUUAUAAUGAGAUUGAAAAAAAAAUAGUUAUAGAACUUGCUAAAUUAGAUGAUUCUAUUUAUUCAACAAAUUUAAGUAAAAGUAAUGGAGAAUAUAUAAACAUUUUAAAUAUAAAGAGGAAAAAGGAUCAAAGAAUUUAUGUAGAUAAUAAUACUAAUAGUAUGUAUGAAUUAACAGAAGAACAAGAAAUUAUUAAUGAGAAUAAUCCAAAGAAAAGUAAAAUAAGUAAUUAUAAAAAUAAAACAACUCAAUCAUUAUAUACAGAUGAAUGGUUAUUUGAAUAA